AUGAAAGAAAAGAAUAGGGAAGUAGAUGAGAGUCAAAAAGCAGAAAAUUCUAGUAUAUUGCCAUACUGAGACACUGUAGUAUGAAAAGAGAAUGUAUCUGCUGUCAGUCCUUCUCCUUUGGUUCCCAGGUUGUUUCGCCAAUGGAGGAAUCAUAUGGGGUCAAAAACAUGUGAAAUUUGAAGAAAAUAGUUUGGGGAUUAUAAACUGUCACUAUGCCUCAGGAUGGGAGAAUUACGUGAAGUGGUGGUGUCAAGGAGCUGGCUGGUAUUCUUGUAAAAUUCUUGCUAAAACCACACAAUCAAUGAGUGAUCGUGUGUCCAUCCAGGACAAUUUCACAGCACGCGCAUUCACAGUGCAAAUAAAAAACAUCAGAAAACAAGAUGAAGACACCUAUUGGUGUGGGAUUGAAAGGACAGCAGCAAGUGAUUAUGGAAUCAACAUCAAAGUAACUGUUGUCUCAGUAGUCCCAACGAGAACCACCACUACCAGAAACACAACUACAAAUGUGACAAUAAGCACAGGAAACAUCACAGGAACAAAAAACAACUACUCUUAUGAAAGACCUAAAAUCACAGAUCUCCUUGUCCUACUGCCCAUCAUCUUUGGCAUUUUAUUGGUAAUAUUGGUGGGAGCCUCAAUUCUGGCUUGGAGAAUGCUCCUGAGACAGAAGAAAGAAGCUGAAAAACUUGCUGAGCAGGGAUCCCAGCCAACACAGGAAGAUAUUUGUUAUGCACAACUGGACUUGGAUAGAAAGACAUCUCCUCUAAAUUCUCCAGAGAGAAAGACUUUUGUCGAAGCCUCCACCAGAGUCAAUAGCAUCCACCAGGAAGUGGAAUAUGUCACUAUGGGUUCUAUCAAAAGAGAAGAUAUAUCCUACGCUACCCCAUUUCUGAAUACCCCCAACCAGGACUUAAUAUACAGCAACAUGCAAUCUCUGAUUUCUCACUCUCACCCAGAAAAUCCUACUGCGAAUACUGAAUAUAGCUUGUAAGAGAAGACUUAGUUUCUUCCCUAGUAUCUUUUUCUCAGAUCUUAGCUCUUACUUAACUUUCUUCUUGAUUCCUCCUUCUUCAUCUCUUCCUCCUCCUCCUCCUUCACCUUUCUCCCUUACCCCCAAGGACAUAUACUAUGGCCUCUGGCUAAAGAACAUGCUUAUUCUCUUCCCUGGGCAAAAACAAUUGGAAAUUGAGGGGAUGCCCAUCAACUGGAAAAUGGUUCAAUAAAGUGUAGUGUGUGUUUAUAAUGGAGUAUUAUUGUUCCAUAAGAAAUAAUGACCAGGAUGCUCUCAGGAAAAACAAA